AUACUAUAAUUCCGGGUUAAAACGGGUCUUGUCAUUUGGCAGAAGACCCAACCGAACCAAACUGUAAUUCCAGGGACGAUUUGGAGAAGUAGAGAAGAGAAGGGAAAUGAAGAAGAGGACAGUGUACGUUUGGGGGGUAGCCAUUCUCUGUUUUGUGGUGUUGAUGAUCGUCACUCCUGCCAUCCCUCAGUCUGAAGCUUACCACGAUUUCGCUGAUCAGCGCGAGUUUUUGGGUAUUCCUAAUACACUUAAUGUGGUUUCAAAUUUCCCUUUCCUUGUUAUUGGUCUCAUUGGUCUUGUCCUUUGCUACUAUGGGGAUUAUUUUAAGUUCAGCUUGCAAGGAGAGCUUUGGGGUUGGACGUGUUUUUACAUCGGUGUGGCUGCUGUUGCAAUCGGAUCCUCAUACUAUCAUCUGAAGCCAAAUGAUGCUCGUCUUGUGUGGGAUCGCUUGCCAAUGACAAUUGCGUUCACAUCGAUCAUUGCAAUCUUUAUCAUUGAAAGGAUUGAUGAGCGGAAGGGAACAAUUUCCAUCAUACCUCUGCUUUUGGCGGGUAUUAUCAGCAUAUUGUAUUGGAGGUUCUUUGAUGACCUCCGUCCAUAUGCUAUGGUCCAAUUUCUUCCUUGCAUUGCCAUUCCUCUGAUGGCUAUAUUGUUGCCUCCAAUGUACACUCAUUCCACAUAUUGGCUUUGGGCAGCAGGAUUCUAUCUUUUAGCUAAGGUGGAAGAAGCUGCUGAUAAAGUGAUCUACGAUUGGACUCAUCAUAUUGUUAGUGGGCACACCCUCAAGCAUUUGUGCGCUGCAAUGGUUCCUGUAUUCUUGACGCUUAUGCUUGCAAAGCGGACUGUUGAACCAGCGAGGCAAAGUUUGCUCAAGACAUGGAAGAUUUCCUGGACUAAAUUUAGAAAGACUGAUGGCACAGUAGAGAGCGAUGGCACAGUAGAGAGUUACACUUGUACCUACUCUACAGUUCCAGUUGUGGAAUCACAAUAAUCUGGCUUAUAGUUAUCUAUUUCAGAAAAUAGAAGAGAACUUUUCACUUGUAUUUGAACAGAUGACAAGAAAGGAAACGGGGAAAAAAAAAAGUCACACACACACACAGUUGUUGGCAUUGGCUGCACACGCAAAGGAUAAUUGUAAUUUUGCUUCAAAGUUACACCAAGUACAGACGCAUCUCUAUAUUGUAUAUAAAGACUUUCAUACAACUUCUUUAGUUUGAUUGUGGGGUUGCUCAUUUCCAUUA